CUGAACAAAUACACUGUCCAACUAACAAAACCCCAACAGCUGAAACCCAAUCUCAUCAACUGAUUAACUAAAUAUCUGACCCACCCCAGCUAAGAGAUAUGUACUUACAUUCACUUGUAUUUAUCCAUCACCAACUUAUUAUCUUUGCCUCUUCUUAUGUUUCUUCUCUCUAGAUUUUCUCUCAUCAACUUAACGACUACUGAAAGUUUCGAGAUUUAUUAUGGAGGAGAAGAUGAAUUAUGAGCAUGGUUCUAGCGCUGAAUCUGUUUUCAGUGGCUUUGGAUCUUCUUCGGGUCUGAAUACUCCUGCUGGGUCGGACCUGGAUUCUCUGGAGAGCGAGGAGGAUGAUUUUAUGGCGGAGUUGACUCGAAAAAUGGCGGAAAACAUGCUUCUUGAAGAUGAUAAUAAAACUACCCCUGUUUCCCCUGUUUCGGACAACACUGCUCAGUGCGGACAAUAUGAACACCAAAAGAAGGCUCAUUUUCAACACCAACCAAGAAACAGAGAAUAUGGGUAUGCGCAUGCAAGGAGACCGGGUGUUCUGAGUGCAGCACAGGCCGGGUCGGGUAUGAGAGUGGUGUUUCUCGGGUCAAAAAACGGGUCAUCCGGAACUGGGGUUUUCUUGCCAUCACAGGCUACCAAUAAUAAUAAUAUUGUUAAUCCAGCCUAUGAUCAUCAGUACCGUAAGAAACCAGUAUGCUCCACGGUUCUGGUACCAGAAAGAGUGCUGCAGACUCUGAAGCAGCAUUUCGAGAAGAGAUCAAAUGCUCACGGAGGGCUGCAAUCGCAUACGCAACAGAAUCAACGGUUGCAGUCGCAGGAGAAUCACAACCAGGAGCUGCAACUUCCGCAAGAAUGGACUUACUGAUGAUCGAAGCAUUAGUAAUGGCUGUCUUUGUCAGAUGGAACUAGUUAAGAAUAAUCAACACACAAGAAGAAAAUAUUCUUUGUCAAAUAAGAAAUCUUGUCAUAGAUUCAGGUUAAGUAAUCACCAUACGUAUGAAUAUGGUGCUGAUGAUUAAGAUGUGUCUAGUUAAAUUAUUGGAAUUCCGCUUUGUAAAUAAAUAUUUGAUUAUUUAUAAAAAUUAAUAAUGAUUGUAUCCUGCUUAGGCUA